AGGGACUCGGGAAGAGGGAAAGGAACCUGCAGCGCUUCGCGAAGGGCAACGCGCACAACCUCCCGUCCUCCUCCUCCUCCUCCGGGAAGCUGGGGCGGCUGCACGUGCGGCCUGGCCCAGGCUCCUCCCCUCCCCGCCCCCUGCCCGGGCGUGGCCUCGCGGCUGCGUUCCUCCGUCGCCGAGAUGGCGCUCGACCCGGCAGAGCAGCAUCUCAGACAUGUUGAAAAAGAUGUUUUGAUCCCUAAAAUAAUGAGAGAAAAGGCCCGAGAGAGAUGUUCUGAACAAGUUCAAGAUUUUACCAAAUGUUGCAAGGAGUCUGGAAUGCUUAUGGUAGUAAAAUGCCGGAAAGAAAAUUCUGCAUUAAAAGAAUGUCUAACCUCUUACUAUACUGAUCCUGCUUUUUAUGAAGAAUGUAAAAUGGAAUACCUGAAGGAAAGGGAAGAAUUCAGAAAAACUGGAAUUCCUACCAAGAAAAGGCUACAGAAGCUUCCAACAAGCAUGAGAUUCUACUCCCUUGAGUCAGCUGUGUUCAUUGGUCAGAAUAAAUUCCAGAAUCUGACACCAAUUCCAUUAAUCACAGACAAGCCUGAAUAAGUGGUCCAAAAGCAAGUUUUUUCAGAAAGAAUUAUAUUAUGAAUUGGUGAGACCUAAAUAAUAUGUGUUCAGGCUUUUAUGAAUAAAACAGUUUAAAUAACAGCUAUAAAA